AAAAAGGAAAAAAAAAUUGUCAAACCCGCACACGGCCAUUGAUCAGCUUGGCCGCUCCGAAUGAUCCAAUUCUAUAAGGCCAUUCUUCAGAGCUCAGAUUCAGACUUAAUUCAAGCUGGUAAGCACGGGGAUAAAGCAGAAGAAGACUAUUAAUGGCGGCUUCGAAGCUCCAAGCAUUCUUGAACCACCCGGCUGGCCCUAAAACCAUUCACUUCUGGGCACCAACCUUUAAAUGGGGUAUCAGUAUAGCCAAUAUUGCUGACUUCGCUAAGCCACCAGAAAAACUUUCUUAUCCUCAGCAAAUAGCUGUUACAGCCACUGGAAUUAUUUGGUCACGUUACAGCACUGUGAUCACACCGAAGAACUGGAACCUUUUUAGUGUCAAUAUUGCGAUGGCAGGGACUGGCAUCUACCAAUUGACAAGAAAAAUACAGCACGAUUAUUUCUCUGGGGAAGAAGUAGCUGCUGCAAAAGAAUGAUGACGAAAUAUGAAAUUUCCCUUGCAGUGAUUUGUGAUGUACCAUCUGAUCUUCUAGCAAAGGCUCUAUAACUCAGUCUUAUCUCCUUGAUUUUACUUUUGUAGUUAAGCUUGAAACUGUUGGGAAAAUAAAUAAGAUCCUGAUUCAGGCAACACCAUCCUCUUUAUGAAACGCUUCUGAAUCCAUGAGUUAUGGCAAUUGUGCAUUUAUCACAUCCAUGCUGUGCAGGUUCAAAUUUCAA